GCUUUGGACUAUUGACCCUUUGAUGCCUAUAAUUGCUUUGCUUUUAAUUGUCCUAUUUCCUUUUUCGAUCUGAAACCUAGAAAGAGGAUUCUUUUCAAGCUUUUCAACUGAUUUUUUUUCAGACAGUCUUUUUUUUUUUUUUUAAAGAACACUGCGUUUCAUUCAAGACCGACUAGAGUUUGUGAUUUAAAUUAAAACAAAAGAACCAAAAAGAGAAAAACAUGUCUUCACUUAGAAGAAGAAAACCCAUAAAUGAAUCUUCAGAUUCAAAGCAUAAUGAAGAAGAAGAAGACGAAGAUCAUGAUGAUGUUGAUGCGGAUGGUGAUGAUGAUGUUAAUGGCAAAAACAAGAAAACCCCAUCAAAGAUCAAGAAGAAACGUGGUGAGAAACCACCAAAACAACCCAAGUGGUCAUGUAUGGACACUUGCUGUUGGUUCAUUGGUUGUAUAUGUAUAACCUGGUGGCUCCUCUUGUUCCUUUACAAUGCAAUGCCGGCUUCAUUCCCUCAGUAUGUAACGGAAGCAAUAACGGGUCCUUUACCCGACCCGCCUGGUGUUAAGCUCAAGAAAGAAGGGUUGGAAGCUAAGCACCCAGUGGUGUUUGUGCCUGGGAUUGUCACUGGUGGACUUGAACUAUGGGAAGGCCGUGAGUGUGCUGAAGGCUUGUUUAGGAAACGCCUUUGGGGUGGUACUUUUGGUGAAGUCUAUAAAAGACCUCUAUGCUGGGUGGAGCACAUGUCAUUGGAUAAUGAAACCGGAUUAGAUCCUUGUGGUAUAAGAGUAAGGCCUGUCUCUGGCCUAGUGGCUGCAGAUUACUUCGCUCCUGGAUAUUUUGUGUGGGCAGUUCUGAUUGCUAACUUGGCUCGGAUUGGAUAUGAGGAUAAAACCAUGUACAUGGCUGCUUACGAUUGGAGACUUUCAUUUCAAAACACCGAGGUACGUGAUCAAACACUGAGCCGUAUUAAGAGUAAUAUUGAACUGUUGGUUGCUACAAAUGGAGGGAGAAAAGUUGUAGUCAUUCCACAUUCGAUGGGAGUUCUGUAUUUCCUACACUUUAUGAAGUGGGUUGAAGCACCUGCUCCGAUGGGUGGUGGUGGUGGGCCAGAUUGGUGUUCUAAGCAUAUUAAAGCCGUUGUUAACAUUGGUGGGCCAUUUCUCGGCGUUCCGAAAGCUAUUGCUGGGCUUUUCUCGGCUGAAGCAAAGGAUAUUGCAGUUGCCAGGGCUCUUGCACCCGGUUUUUUGGAUAAUGAUAUAUUUCAGUUCCAAACAUUGCAACAUGUGAUGAGAAUGAGCCGGACUUGGGAUUCGACCAUGUCGAUGAUACCGAGAGGUGGGAAUACAAUAUGGGGUGGUCUAGACUGGUCACCGGAGGAAGGAAAUUCUUGUGCCAAGAAGGGAGAAAAGAAGAAUGAGACUCAGAUUGCCGACCAAGCUGGUUCCGAAAAUGCGGUUUGUAAAGCUAAAAGUGCAAAUUAUGGAAGGAUUAUAUCCUUUGGAAAAGAUGUCGCGGAGGCACCUUCAUCCGACAUUGAGAGAAUUGACUUCAGGGGUGCUAUUAAGGGUCAUAGUGCUGCAAACACGACUUGUAGAGACGUGUGGACGGAAUACCAUGACAUGGGAUUUGCUGGUAUCAAAGCCGUUGCAGAGUAUAAAACUUACACUGCUGAUUCACUUGUUGACCUGCUUCAUUUUGUUGCUCCAAAAAUGAUGGCUCGUGGUACCGCCCAUUUCUCCUAUGGAGUUGCGGACAAUUUGGACGAUCCCCAGUAUAAACACUACAAGUAUUGGUCAAACCCUUUGGAAACGAGGUUGCCGAACGCACCGGAUAUGGAAAUCUAUUCUCUGUAUGGAGUUGGCCUACCAACUGAACGAGCAUAUGUGUACAAGUUAUCACCGCAUGCCGAGUGUAGUAUUCCGUUUAAGAUCGAUACAUCUGCCGAUGAUGAAGAUACCUGCCUGAGGGACGGUGUGUAUUCCGUGGAUGGGGACGAGACAGUACCUGUUUUAAGUGCAGGUUUCAUGUGCGCUAAAGGCUGGCGUGGUAAAACCCGAUUUAAUCCCUCCGGAAUUCGAACAUACAUUAGGGAAUACAAUCAUUUGCCUCCGGCCAACCUAUUGGAAGGCCGUGGCACCCUUAGCGGUGCUCAUGUCGAUAUCAUGGGAAACUUUGCAUUGAUCGAAGAUGUUAUAAGGAUUGCUGCUGGGGCUUCCGGUGAAGAACUAGGAGGGGAUCAAGUUUAUUCAAAGAUCUUUAACUGGUCCGAGAAGAUCAACUUGCGACUGGAUGAGGAGAUUCCGGUACAUUCGUCCAGGUGAUCGGAUGAAACAGCUUUGUAUUGCUUGGUGUUUCUCGAACAAAUGAUGAACAUAAUGAUAAAAUAUUAUACGGAAUUGGAGAAGUGGUUGUUUGAUAAUGUUUAAACCAGGGAUUGAUUACUGGUUUGUAGAUAACAUUGUUUUAGCAGCUAAACUGUGACAUAAUUUUCAACAAACUGUGUUACUAAGCGUUGUGAAGUUUAUAUAAAUUGCAGUGCUACACUGAGACCCUAUUAUUUUUCGUA